AUGAAAAUUUCACUGGUUGUUGACGUGGAGGAGGAACUGGAGGAGUUGAAUACGCAUAGCGCUGUUAGUUAUCACUGGAGAGUCUGGGAGCUGAUGGGAUUAAUCCAGCCGCCGGGCAUGUCACGUCAGCAGUUCCUCAUUCGCUCCAUUCUCAUCAAUGUGCUGGUCACCUUUCUGUUCCCAUUGACGCUUCUCGCCAACCUCUUCUUUACCAACAGUUUGAAGGAGCUCUUCGAGAAUCUGACCAUCACAAUAACGGACAUGGUGGCCAAUUUGAAGUUCAUCAAUGUUUUCUUGGUGCGUCGACAGUUGCGGGAGAUUCAAGGCAUUCUUUGGGUGCUCGACAAACGCGCCAAGACCGUGCACAACGAGCAGGAGUUGCGGGUGCUCCGUCAGUCGGUGAGGAUAGCGCAGAGCAGUUUUCGCACCUUUGCUGGAAUCUUUGUGUUUGGCACAACGUUGAGCUGCAUCCGGGUGGCUAUUGCCCGGCAUCGGCAGUUGCUUUAUCCGGCGUGGUUUGGCGUCGAUUGGCAAUGCUCCGAUGUGGCCUAUUGGAUCAUCAAUGUCUAUCAAUUGUUUGGAUUGAUUGUUCAGGCCAUGCAGGACUGUGCCAAUGAUUCCUAUCCGCCAGCAUAUCUUUCAAUCCUCACCGGACACAUGAGAGCGUUGGAGUUGCGUGUCCGUCGCAUUGGUUACCCGGAACCGGAUCCCAUGUCGCAUAUCCUUUACAACCGGGCAAAGUAUCAGCAAAGUGUUUACUUGCAGCUCAGUGAAUGUAUCGAGGAUUACAUUAAUAUACUCCGAUUGCAUGCGAUCAUCCAGGAGAUUCUAUCGGUUGCCUGCAUGGCACAAUUCGUCUGCUCCGCCGCCGUUCAAUGCACGGUCGCGAUGCACUUCCUCUAUGUCGUCGAUUCCAAUGAUCUCUCCACCAUGAUUCUCUCCCUGGUCUUCUUCAUCGCGGUCACCCUGGAGGUCUUCAUCAUUUGCUACUUUGGUGAUCGCAUGCGCACCCAGAGCGAGGCUCUCCUCGAUGCCUUCUAUGCCUGCAACUGGAUGGAUCAGAUGCCCCAGUUCAAGCGCAAUCUCAUCAUCACCCUGAUGCGCACCCAGAGACCUUCCCUUAUUUGUGCCGGCGGCUACAUAUCCGUUACUUUGGAGACCUUUGUUCAGGUUAACAGGCUCACCUAUUCCGUCUUCACAUUGUUGCUACGCGCCAAGUAAAUUUUUCAGAUCUACUCCCAUAACCCGACUUUUCCCAUAA